GACGCAGGUUAUGGGUUGGGUUUGAGGUUUUGGAAUCCUUUUCUAAGAGUCGAUCUCAUUGCCUCGUUUUAUUUCCUAAGUGUGAAGCCGUGGUGAAGAGUGGUGGAGUGUGGAGGAAUGCAAGCCAAAAUGCAGACUCGUGUCAGAUGUAACGGGAGGAUUUUCCUGGCUGUUUGUAUAAUCCUCUUUAUGGGAUACACAGCACAAGGUGUUCCAGUGCAGAAAGCAAGAUUCCAGAGGGUAAAAUGCAGACCUGACAUCUUGUCUGCUAACUGCAUUGAAGAAAAAGGACCGUUGUUUGAAAUUUCUGAAGGUGGAGCUAACAGAAUCCUCCCUCCCAAGGCUGAUCCAUUUCUGAUGAAGAGCUUUCAGGAGCAACCUGAUAUUUUCUCACUUUCUGGUGAGGAAUCUGGAUCUGGGGCUGACGACAUACCUGAAACAGAAUCAGAAUCUGGGUCAGGAAUUAAUUACAAUGUUGAGUAUCCUAACUUGUCAUCUUCUGGCUUGGUGCAAAAAGAGGAGUUAAAGCAGGAACUAACAAAUGAAGAUUUAAUGCUGUAAGAAAGAAGACUUUAUCUCUGUCAUGAUGAUUAUUUACAGCACUUCUUCUAUGUUGUAUAACUAAGUGAUUAGUCUUAGGACAAACAGUUUUAUAAAAAUUAUAAUCCAACAAAAGUGCCUUAUAAUCUUUAUUGCUUUUCUUUGCUAAAAAAAUCUUUGUUAAAUGUGACCUUACCUACAUUUAUAUGUGCAUUUUAUAUCUAAGCUUCGGAUAUUUCUGAAAUCAUGGGAAGAUGGAAUCUAAAAGAUCCAUGAUAGUCUUGCUUGAGACAAAUACUAGUAUAGAAAAGAAAAUGACUGGAAAAUAUUAGGUAUGUGUAUUCAAGCAGCAAUCCAGGAGUCUCAGACAUACAAAGUAAUGUAACUAAAAGUAAACUUUCCCAAACUUUUUUUUUGCCCCCCCCUAGAUAAUUUUCUGUAUAAAGUACCAGUAACCUUAUUUGUGAAAUUAAUUGUUUGCUAUUAUAAAAUGUAUUCCAUAUUACACAAUAACUAAUACAAUGUUACUUUAAUUAUUAGACUUUUUAUAACCCCCAGUGGGCCUCAAUACAAUAUAUAAUAUAAUUUUGGCUGUUCCUGUUAGUAUAAAUGACAUGGUCAUGUAGGUCCAAGAAUCAUGACCCCUUCUACAUUCUUUCUGUGUGACUAUUAUUAAAAGUGGCUAAAGAACAACUGCACUUGUUAUAUUUUAAAUUUCUGGCUGAAUAUUUUUCCUUAUAUUUGCAUCUACUCAGUUGUAAUACUAUUAAAAUUUUAAUGUAACCAAA